GCAAAGCUCUAGGAAGAAUAUCAAAGCCAACAAAAUUAGGGCUCUGAAAUUCUGAUGGUCAAUGGAGAUAUAAAUCACAGGACUCGUCUCUCAGUUCUCAGCUCCCACAUUUCCAUUUCCAUGGCUUCUUCCGAGAAGGACGCGGCUCUUGCAGCCGUCCCCUCCGAUUCCCCCACCAUAUUUGACAAAAUCAUUAAUAAGGAAAUUCCAUCAACAGUGGUCUUCGAGGAUGACAAGGUCCUUGCUUUUAGGGACAUAUCACCACAAGCUCCUACACAUAUUCUACUCAUUCCGAAAGUUAAGGAUGGGUUAUCUGGAUUAUCUAAGGCCGAGGAGAGGCACACGGGGAUUCUCGGUCACCUUCUUUACACUGCCAAGCUCGUUGCCAAGCAAGAAGGGCUAGACGAUGGCUUUAGGGUUGUAAUUAACGAUGGACCGAGUGGAUGUCAAUCGGUUUAUCAUCUUCAUGUUCACCUCUUGGGGGGACGACAAAUGAAUUGGCCCCCAGGUUAAGACGAACCCUUUCAUUAAGGUCGAAAUUCAUAGCUAAUAAACCAUGUUAUCAUUUACCAAUCUGAAAAAGUUAUCAACUCUGCUGCAUCUGCAUGUUCCUUGUGGUGUCUCUUCAAUAUGGCUGUUGAGAUAAGUUUGGUGACUAUGGUUUGUCUUUCUUGAAUAUCCAACAUGAAAAUGGAUGCCAAUUUCUUUCCUCAGAAAUGGAAAUGUAUGCAUGUGGCUCUGUUUCACAAAUGGAAGUCUCAAUGGCAGUUAAAAAAACAGGUUUCAUCAGAAUGAUGUUAAGCUAGAGGAAAAUUGGCCCUUAUUUUGGAAUUGAGAAAGUAUGAGAAGUUAUUUUGAAUGAUGUGA